CCACCCUAUCCCUCCGAUUUCGAAGAGGGAGGAAGCUCGACCUUCUUGUGGACGGGCAUCUUGUUGUAAAGAGAACCUCCCUCCCUCUCUCUGUCUCUUCACGGGGGCUUCUUCUUUCUUUUAAGAUCUGAUGAGCUAGUAUCGGCCUGUUACGCGCAUCGCUUGGUGCGCCGGAAGACUUACCCUGGUUCUACCACAAGAGGCGGACAGCACAUCACUGGGCCAUUACCUCCUGCUGGCACGACGAAGUAUUCAGCCACCGUGACGGGAUCGUCUAUCUUUCUUGAAAUCGAAUGAGAAUCUCGCCAUCGCUGCUCCCGAGUCACUGAGCAGGAUAAAGACAUCCCGCCACAGAAUACAGCCGCUGGAGCGAAAGAACAACGACACGGCACCACCGCCCAUCAUGUCCACCACCACCACCACCACCACGGCGCCGCCGCCGGACUUGCCCGUCCGGCUUGGCUGGAUCGGCCUGGGGAACAUGGGAAUCGGUAUGGCGCGGAACAUCCAGAAACACAUUGCCGCCAUGUCAGCGACCGCCACCACCACCAGCACCGCCACCGUCACCACGGCGGAAAUGUACCCGCCGCUCAAGGUGUACAACCGCACCGCCUCGCGGUGUGCCGGGGUCGAGGAGCUCGGAGGCGUCAGGUGUGAGAGUGUUGCGCAGGUCGUGCAGGGGAGCGACGUCGUGUUCUUAUCUCUCAGCGACGACGCCGCGGUCCUCGAAAUGGUGGACCAGCUCGUCAACACUCCCCCGAGCUCUUCACAGCCCGAGCCGCCACACUCACAAUCACAAUCACAGUCACGGCCACAGCACAACAACGCACCUCCUCCGCUCCACGGCAAAAUCAUCAUCGACACCACGACGGUCCACCCGGACACCACGGUCGCCGUCCAGCAGACGCUGGCCGGGCAAGGCGGCGCGCAGUUCGCCGCGAUGCCCGUGUUCGGCCCGGCGCCCGUGGCCGCGGCGGGGCAGCUCAUCGCCGCGUUUGCGGGACCGAGACACGUGCUGGAUGUCAUAUCGCCGUUCCUCGGGGGCGUGAUUGCCCGCGAGGUCAUGUAUGUCGGGGAGGAGCCGGAGAAGGCCGUGUUGUUGAAGACUACGAGCAACCUCCUGACCGCAACAAUGACCCAGGCCAUCGCCGAGGCCCACGUCUUCGCGGCCAAGACGGGCCUCCCCGCAUCGACCCUGGAGCGCCUGCUCGAGCUGAACCUGGGUCCUUACGCGCACCUGACGUCCCGGCGCAUGACGAGCGGGGUGUACUGCCCCCCCGCCGGCGAGGCCCCGUGGUCGGACCUGUCGCUGGCGCUCAAGGACGUCGGGCACGGGGUGGACACGGCGCGGAGGAGGGGGAUGCGGCUGCGUGCUGGGGAGGCGACGCUGGAGAGCUUGCGGAUGGCGGCGCGGUGGGCGGAACAUCAGCAAGGGCAGCAAGGGCAAGAGCAGGGACAGAGCAGGAGGUUGGACUCGAGUAGUCUGUUUGGGGCGGUUCGGGAGGAGAACGGGCUCGAGUUUGAGAGCGAGGUGGUCAAGGGCGGGAUGGCAAGAUGGGGGAAGGAAGGGGAGGUGGUGAGCAGUCUUCGUGACGUGUUGUCGGUGGGCUGUGCUGGUGAGAUUUUAUGGGCGUGGAUUUACAGAUAUGAGUCGUUUGUAGUGGUUGUUGUUGCUAUGCCGUGAGUGCUGUGCUGUGGGUGUUGUGGGAGCGGCAGAAAUUGGCCGGAGGGGACGGCCCGGCGCCCACGUCAGGGGCGAAAUCCGGGGGUGGGCAGUGGGCAGUGCUGGAGGGGGAAGGACCCCAGUCCAGUCCAGCAGUCAUGGAUGCCAUCAUCAUCGAGUCCCAGGCGGUCCUUUUGCGUGC